UUACCACCACUCCCCUCCCCUCUAUAAAAAACAAACACAAUCUGUUUUCCACUUCACUGACUUCACACAUAGCGAGCCACAUUACACACAAAUAUGGCGAGCUCUCUCAGCUGCUCAGCCUCCGACCUAACCCCCCUCCUCGGCUCCGCCUCCACCAACCUCAACACCACCCUCCUCGCCGAAUUCCUCUGCUCCCGCUUCACCGCCAUCUCCACCAGGUUCACCGAAACCACCUAUGCCGUGGACAACACGUAUCUCCUCUUCUCCGCCUACCUCGUCUUCGCCAUGCAGCUCGGCUUCGCCAUGCUCUGCGCCGGCUCCGUCCGCGCCAAGAACACCAUGAACAUCAUGCUCACCAACGUCCUCGACGCAGCCGCCGGCGGCCUCUCCUACUACCUCUUCGGCUUUGCUUUCGCCUACGGCGCCCCCUCGAACGGCUUCAUCGGCCGCCACUUCUUCGGCCUCAAGGACUACCCCUCCCCAGAUUUCGCCGGAGACUACAGCUUCUUCCUCUACCAAUGGGCCUUCGCCAUCGCCGCCGCCGGAAUCACCAGCGGCUCAAUCGCCGAGAGAACCCAGUUUGUUGCGUACCUUAUUUAUUCUUCAUUCUUAACCGGCUUUGUCUAUCCGGUAGUUUCUCAUUGGUUCUGGUCAGCCGACGGCUGGGCUAGUCCAUUUCGGCCUGAUGACUUACUUUUCGGCUCCGGCGCUAUUGACUUUGCCGGAUCCGGCGUCGUCCACAUGGUCGGUGGGAUCGCCGGUUUAUGGGGUGCCCUAAUUGAAGGACCGAGAAUCGGCCGGUUCGACCGGGCCGGCCGGUCCGUGGCCUUACGUGGACACAACGCUUCUCUAGUUGUACUCGGCACAUUCUUGCUUUGGUUCGGCUGGUACGGUUUCAAUCCCGGCUCGUUUCUCACGAUCGUUAAAGCAUACGGCGACGGCGGCAGUUACUACGGGCAGUGGAGCGCCAUCGGGAGGACAGCUGUCACCACCACACUGGCCGGGAGCACGGCCGCUCUAACCACCUUGUUCGGGAAGCGGUUGUUAGUUGGACACUGGAAUGUUCUAGAUGUUUGCAACGGUUUGUUAGGGGGGUUCGCUGCGAUCACCUCCGGGUGCUCGGUGGUGGAACCGUGGGCGGCAAUCGUGUGUGGGUUUGUUGCGGCAUGGGUAUUGAUUGGUUGCAACAAGCUCGCGGAGAAGGUGAAAUACGACGACCCUUUAGAGGCGGCGCAGCUGCACGGCGGGUGCGGCGCGUGGGGGUUGAUAUUUACGGGUUUGUUUGCGACGGAGGGGUAUGUGAACGAGGUGUACUCUGGGAGGCCAGGGAGGCCGUACGGGCUGUUCAUGGGCGGUGGAGGGAAGCUGCUGGCGGCACAAGUGGUGCAGAUACUGGUGGUGCUGGGGUGGGUGACGGUGACUAUGGGCCCGCUGUUUUAUGGGCUUCAUAAGCUGAAGCUGCUGAGGAUCUCCGACGAGGAUGAGACAGCGGGGAUGGAUUUGACCAGGCAUGGAGGGUUUGCUUAUGUGUACAACGAUGAGGAUGAGGCUUCUGGUAAGCCGGAGUUUAUGAUGAGGAGGGUGGGGCCCACGGAUGAUGCUAGUCCUUGCCCGUAGUAGUGUUGGUAUAUAUUUUUACUAUUUUUGUGGUGCUUGUUAUUUUCAGUUGGUUUUCUGGAAUGGUAGGAUCAUCAAUUAGGAUAUGUUUCUUAGAGUUUAUGAUCAGUUGAUUUGGAAAGCAAAAAAAAAUGUGUCAUCUACUUGGGUGCCUUGUAUAUUACUUGGAGCUGCCCAACAUGUAUUGCCAAAUAUGCCAGGUAUAAAAGUCAAGUGUAGUCGAUUAAAAA